UGGGUGCUGAUCGUAGAGGUGGAGCGUGCCAAGGAACCGCCCAUCGACACCCGCCGGGUGCUCUCUCCUCUCGUUCCCGCUCGUGUUUUACCGUCCCUUCAGCUCGUCCGACCGAACGCAAUCGCUUUGGGGAGGGGGGGAUGGGGGUCGAAACGAAGAGGCGACCGGCAGUGGCGCGGGUCAGUCUGUCGGGUAACCGGUCGGUCUGUCGUUCCCUGCUCUGUCCGCGCCACGUUUCGCUCGCGCGGCCUGGAGUGUAAACGAUACACAUCAAGCCACUCCGGUUUUUCGCGCGCGCGAAACAGGAGCGAUUGGUGUGUCCGCGACGACGUAACUUUUCCUCAAGUUCCGCGUCGUUGACGGAGUGCUUCUUCUGCCGUAUAUAGUUCACCGACGUCGAUUACUUCGGAUCAUCACUGCCCCCGCCGGUCGCUAAACGUCACCGCUAGCCAUUUGACGUAGUUCUAGUGUUGUGCUCCGAUAAAAGACCCUGAGCUGUUCCAACGUUUCGCCGUACUCCAUUGGCCGCGCAACAAACGCGGCGAUCGUGACCGACCAAUCCGUGCCCGAUUCCGCUCGCAGGCCCACGUUCGUCCGCGCGCACGUGCGUACACGCGCGCUGUCAUCUCCUCGCACGCCGUAUAUACGCUCGCAUGCCGACAGCGGGGAGUCGGUGCUGACUCGCGCGACCGCAGGAGACGAUGCUGAUGCCGCUUCUGCGGUGCUCGCGUAUCGUGAUUAGAAACGCACACUAUCUCCCGGACGGCGAUCAUCAGCAGCGUCGCGAUCACUGGGAUCGUUGUGACGCACGACGCCCGUAGCGACGUCGCGACGUCAAGCGGAUCCGCCUCGAGACGCGCCUCGACUAGUUUAUCGAUAGACCCCACGUGGCCCAGGAAGCAGCGCGCGAGGUGAUGUUGCUGGAGUCGCGAGGCCUCGCCGGUAGGAAGAGAAACGGACUGACACUGACCUCGUUCGGCGACGGUGGCGGCGGUGGUGGCGGAGGCGGCGGCGGUGGUGGCGGUGGUGCCGGAGGAGCCGGCAGCGAGGAGGACGACGAGGAAUCCCGACAUCACCUCUACCUAGCCAGGAAGAUGCAAGGCGAGGGCACCGCCGCCCCCGCGGUACCCACCGGAUUGUCCGGGUGCGCCGGCGAUGACGGCGACGAGAGCUCGAGCCCGUCGCCGAACAGUAGCCUCCUGAACAAUCUUAAUAAUAAUUGUAACUCAAACCGUCAAUGCGCGACCGACUUCAGUAUCGCUGCGAUCAUGGCGCGGGACUCCCGUCAGCAGCAGCAGCAGCAGCAGCAGCAACAGCAACAACAGCAACAACAGCAACAACAGCAACAGCCACAGCAAUCACAUCACCAUAAACAUUCUCAGCAGCAGGCCGUCGGAGGUGGCAAACUGCAUCAGCACGAAAGGGAAGCCAGCGGUUCUGGGGUCGCUCGCGGCGCACCGCCGGUUUCGGAGACGAUCGGCCCGGAGGACGAGCCGGAAACGGACGAUACCGGAAGUACGAGCGGCAAGGGCGUCUCGCCCGUGGUGAACCCCCUGCUCCAGGAGCGCUCCAACUGCGAGGAGCUGAAGCACGUGGUGUGCCAUCUCGAGACCAAGGAUCUCUGGGACAAAUUUAACGAGCUCGGCACGGAGAUGAUCAUCACGAAGACUGGCAGGCGGAUGUUUCCGACGUGUCGUGUCUCAUUCAACGGGCUGAAGGCGGACAGCCGAUACGCGGUUCUGAUGGACAUCGUGCCGGUCGACAAUAAGAGGUAUCGGUACGCAUAUCACAGGAGCUGCUGGCUGGUGGCCGGAAAGGCAGAUCCGCCGGCGCCGGCCCGGCUCUACGUUCAUCCGGAUUCGCCUUUCACGGGCGAGCAACUCCGAAAGCAGGUCGUCUCCUUCGAGAAAGUCAAGCUCACCAACAACGACAUGGACAGGCAUGGGCACCUGGUCCUGAACUCCAUGCACAAGUACCAGCCGAGGAUCCACCUGGUGAAGCGGCCGGACUCGGGCACGGCGAAGCCGAUCGUGGACCUCGAGAAGGAGCCGCACAAGACCUUCGUAUUCCCGGAGGCCAUAUUCACCGCUGUCACCGCCUAUCAGAAUCAGCUCAUCACGAAGCUCAAGAUCGACAGUAAUCCGUUCGCCAAGGGCUUUCGGGACUCCUCUCGUCUCACGGACUUUGAAAGCUUCCCUUUCAGGGAGACGAUGGAGUCAAUGCUGGCGGAGCAGCAGACGUUGAGGUUUCCGCAUCGACUUCCCUUCGAAAUGGAGCAACUCCAGGCCGGCGCUGUGAGCAAUCUCAGUCUCGAGGAGAAGGCCUUGUGGGCUGCGCGUUCUCAGAUGCUGCUCAGGGCGGCGGCGGCCGUGGCCGCGAAUCCUUACCUGGUCAACCCCGCUAUGGUUUAUCCGGGUGCUUCGGCCGCAGGCACCAGUCAUCAGCAGCAGCAACAGCAACAUCAGCAGCAACAGCAACAGCAACUGGGCCAUCUGUGGUGGAUGUCCCAGUCGAUCGGAUCUACUUUUCUCGCAGCGGCACAUCACCAACAGCAGCUGGUCGCAUCCGGCUCCCAGCAGAAUCCAACGGGUCCCGCGGCCCUGCCCGACAGACCCCGGCCGCUCUAUCCGUCGCCCCUUGCCCUGGCCCACCACCGAUUCUCGCCUUACCACACGACGACCGUUGCCAAGUCCUCGACGCCGACUGCGCCGUCGCCGUCGCCGUCCAGAAGGGCCACACCGUCGCCCACGGAUAGUCUCAGCAGGGAGGCCCAGGAUCUUUCACCCUCGUAGUCCUUUGUGCUUUCAUUAGGCCGCGAUUUUCUUUUAGAGGGACUCUAAGGAGGAGCUUGAAAUAUUUUACUAAGACUGCGCGACGAAAGCUGGCUUUUCUCAUUUCCUCAGAAAUGGGAGAUUCCAUUAGAAUCGGACCGCGAAUUGUGACUUUUUUAUAGUGGAAUCUAAUUCCUUCUCAUGUGAUGAAAGUCAAUCUUUCUUGACUGAGAUCGGAGCGUAGCGAUUAAUUUCGCCUUGCAAUAUUCGUCUUCUUUCACAGAGAAAUGAUGAAGCUUUUUGUGCGCGGUGAAAGUCGAUUUCCAUCGUAUUAUUUCUACUUAAACUAAUUCGCAUUUUCUUUUAGAGUUCCAGAAUUCUUAGCAGUUACAGAAUUUUCUCCUUAACAGUGCAAUAUCUAUCUGUAUGGUUAAUUAUUGUAUAUUUUUUUGUCCUCAUUAUAUUAUUAAGGAGCCGGCCUCCAUUCCAUUAGACGAUGAACGAGCAGGAUGAACGAGCAUUUGCACAUUUACACAUAAACGUGACGUGAUAAGUCGUUGUAAAAUGUUUGCGCGAAAAACGGGGAUCGAUUUUCGUCGCGCGUGUCGCGCGGCAUCGGAAGGCGUGAAUCGAGAGGAGGUCGCCGUGGGCUCGGGAUAUUGAUGAAACGAACAGAAUCCGCCGUGAAUAGCUACGAUAAUUGUUGUGUCAAAGGUUCCCGAGUUGGCCACGGCCGAGCUGUCGCUCUGCGUCUCUCUCUCUCUCUCUUUCUCUCUCUCCCCCCCGCGCUGCGGUGGAGGAGAGAAAACAUAAAGCUUCACGCUCUCUUCGAGAGCGUGAAUGCCGCCUCUCUCGGCUGAACUCUCGACCUUUGGCGAGCAUAGUGGCAAGCACAGGGGACUCGCGUCGUCUCACGUGACUCGGCGAUUCCGUUGUCUCCCGACUGGACCCUGGGACCGAGAGAAGCCCGGCGUGUACAUAUCCUUGCGAUCAUACGGUCGGCGAUCGGAAGCGAUAGGGCCGCCCUGGUGAUCCUGGUGGUCAGGACGCAAUUUUGAAACCGAUAGAAAAAGAAAAUAUUGUCUCCCGUAAAAAUCUGUUGCACUCGCAGAACAUGCCGGAAUUGAGGGAUACUUUCAGAUUCAAAUUUCAUUUGCAUUUAACUGCUUUUUUUUAAUUCGAAAUGUAUCUUGCAGCACCGUGGACGUGAUAACUGAACAAUGAGAUUUUUAGAGGAAAAACUACAGAUAAUACGUCAAAUUGAAUAACUUGAGCGGAAAGAUUUUUGUUACGCGUCCCCCGUAUAUUUUUAUGUUUCGUCGAAACUGUCUCUUAGUAGCUGCGUAUUUUUUUUACGCGAGAAACACGGUCAAACGAGCGACCGCAGAGAUUACAGUGAUCUUUCUGAAUGUAGGCGGAUUGUAAAUAUGUAACCACCCUGGUUCUCAAGGCGGCGUAAUUGCCGUACAUAAUACACAUAUAUGCAUCUUUAAGGGCGACUAAGCUGUACGGCGAGUAAAGUGUCUACUUGUACAUAGGUAUACAUAUAUCUACUUGCGAUAUAAGGUAACUACGCCUCUAUCUCUUGUAAUAUAAGCUGUAUAUUUCGUAUCACACGAGCUAUUGUUAUCGUUAUUUAUGUUUCGAUUCCCAUAACUUCGACGCGGAGUGAGCGCGAAGUGAGCGCGCUGGACGCGAUACGUAUCGACCGAGAAGGUAUCUACGGGCCUUCGAUAAAUCAUCUUAAGGAGCCGAGGACGACGUUCAAUUCAGGUUUAAGCUGAGCGUAGCGAGAGGUCGAAGAGUUUAGGAUCAUUAGGGAUCUCCGAGCGACACUUCGCGCGCUCUCCGCGAGCACCUAAAGGAUUAUUAUCGCCGCGGCGACUAGUGUUAGUGUAGAGCGUUAUAUUGUUAAGGCUUGUGUUGUGAGGAACGCAUACACCUAUUGCUGUGCAAGCUGCUCCCUUGUAAAUAAACCCUAAUAAAACUUCUUGUACCGAACA